AUGGAUGUGGAAUUGUUGGAUGUCAGUGAAGAACUCCUACCUGCAUUGCUUCAGAAGAGACAUCAAGGAUGGGAUCAACACCAAAAUUCUCACAAACCCUUGGUUGGUAGGAUCUGCAACUGGUAUUCACGACGCAAUAGCCGCAACGGGUACCGGUUUUUCGAGAACUAUGCGGGCCCCUCAACUCACCAAGCAUUAGCCCUCCGGGUUGGGGCCGACCACGCAGUAGUCUACCGGUGCAGCAUCAUCGACUACAUUCCCAGAGACAGUUUUACCGCGAGUGCGACAUAUACGGUACAGUGGACUUCAUAUUCGGGAACGCGGUUGUCGUCUUCCAGAGCUGCAACAUCCGCGUUCGAAAGCCGAUGCCGAAUCAAAAGAACACCAUCACAGCCCAGAACCGCAAGGACCCCUCGCAAAACACGGGAAUCUCGCAGUAAAGUCCGUGUUCCCGACGUACUUGGGGAGGCCGUGGAAGAUGUACUCCCGGACAGUGUACUUGCAAUCGUACAUGGGCAACGGGUGAAGUGGCCGGGAUACCGUGUGAUCACGUCCACGGAUGAGGCGAGUAGGUUCACGGUGGGGAAGUUUAUUUUGCGGUCAGAGUGGUUGCUCCCCACGGGUGUGGCUUUCGAGUUGACUCAUGCUGGUGGGCCCACCCGUGCUUCUUCUCUACCGUACGAGUAA